ACUUACCUAACUGCUACUACCUUCUACUCCAUACACCUUCAUCCUACUUGUGAAUUUAUUUUUCCAACUAUCCAACUAUCCAACUUCAACUCUUCAAAUCAAACAACCCACUACCUCUUCACUGCAACAUUCGUACUUCCCAAAUCUACGGUUAUGCGCCCAGCAUACUUUACUCCCGACUAUCUACUAACGCCCGCUUCUUCAGCACUCCAUGAGACCUAUACGGCCGAUACCGCGAAAUACAACGCGAUCCGAAGUACGAUAUUAGGCAUACGGGGAGGAAACGCUAGUCAAACGAGCGUGACACCGAGCGGUAUGGCUACACAGUCGCAAAGUAAUCGUAAUCCGUAUUACAACAAUUCAUACGGUUCAUACAACUCGGGAAGUUCUAGUAUGGCCCAACAAGGCUAUACAAAUGGGGGAGGCUACGGUGCUACCAGUUCCUACACAACUCCUCGAGCUUCUCAUUCCGAUAGCCUUUUCAAAAACACACCUUUUUAUACCAUCGAGUCGAGAGUCGGCAAUCUUCAUCCAUGUCCAGCAAUGAACAACCACCGAAAUUCCGUAACCAUCACCUUAAAGUCUAGCGAAUUUCCGGAACUUAGCCGCUGCGCUACCAAUCUGCCCACCAAGCUCAUGCUCUUUUGUGGGAGCGACAACACAGGGCCUCAGGACAUACAAUUCCCCCACCAGUCCGAAAUCAAGAUCAAUGGGGACGAUGUUAAGCAUAACCUGCGGGGUCUCAAGAAUAAGCCAGGAUCAACACAUCCUGUCGAUAUCACACCUUUCUUCAGACUAAAGCAGGCCAACUAUACGAACAACGUCGAGUUUACAUACGCUCUGACGGACAAGAAAUUCUACCUCGCAGUGUAUGUUUGCAAAACACACUCGAUCGACGAGCUCGUCACAAAGAUAAGGACGAGAAAGAUUUCUAAGGCAUCCGUUAUCAAAGACAUAUCAAAGAAGGCCAACGAUCCGGACGUGGUGGCGACGUCUCAAAACCUGUCUCUGUUGUGCCCCCUAAGCUACACGAGACUCAAGGUCCCCUGUCGAGGCAUGUCCUGUAAUCACAUACAAUGUUUUGAUGCGAAAUCGUUUAUGCAACUCCAAGAGCAAGGACCUACGUGGAGCUGUCCGAUUUGCUAUAAGCCGGCGCCAUUUGAGACCCUAGCUAUUGAUGAAUAUGUCCAGGAGGUGUUGGAGAAAACAUCCGACUCGCAACAACAGGUUACCAUCGAACCGGAUGGUCGAUGGAGAACAAAGGUGGAAGAACAAGAAUCCAGUCGAUCCCGAGCCGCUCCCACCAGUAAAGUAGAAGACGACGAUGAUCUCUCGAUCCUUUCCGAUACCCACGCCUUUGGGAAUGGUACCAAUGGUUUUGGCGGAAGAAAUUCCUUCGCCACCCCAAGUCGGUCCCUGGGAACCAAUGGGGCCUCGGCCAGCGCCAGCAGGGGAACACCAAACACUCAAAGGUCUGGAAGCAACAAGAGGCCGGCAGAGGUUAUUGACCUUACCCUCAGUAGUGAUGAGGAUGACGAGCCUAUUGUUCGCGCUCCGAAACGACAAUACCAGGGACCUUCGUCUAAUGGCCUCUCAAGUUUUCCUUCUGCUUAUAACGCUUAUUAGGGAUAUAGGGCUCGUCCAUGGCGACCCCGGAAUGCGAUGGAAUCCUUACUGUGCCAGACGAUGGAGUUUCUACGAGGCUAUAUGCCAGAAUCUGCUCGCGACUAGAUGUCUAAUGGGCACUGGAGAGACGCGUGCUCUAAUUUGGCUGCGCUUGGCUUCUAUAACGAAUGAUACGCGCAAGAAAUUUGCAUGAAGCUAGGAAUUUCGAGUCAUGGAAUUUGGCAGUAUUGAGACUCCAAGACGGAGCUAUGCCCACCUUCGUCCUGGGUGUACUCUGUACAUAGAAGAUAGUAAUCGCCUGAUGUGACCAGGCGCGCGUAUGGACACGGCGAAAACAGGGGAGGAAUUAGUCAUAUCGGCGUUGCAGGGGAAGGGCGCAGGAAUACCUCUUGAUUUUCGGGAUGGCUAAAAAGUACCUAGAGUUGCUUGAUUUGCGAUUCAGGGGGACUUUGUCACUUCGGCGAUGAUAUUACUAGGAUCGGACUACUAAAAAUAAUGAAAUUCCUGAAAUGAGCAUCGCACUUGUACUAUGGUGACUUGCA